AGAGAACGCAACACAUUCCGUACUGUAUUGCUGUGUGCCGUCCACCGCCAUCAACCGCGCGAGGCAAGGCAAAACAUGCCCCUGUGGGAGGCUGCACGCUAUUAUUAGCUCUGCACAUGGGCGGUUUCCAUAUCGAGGGGCGCUAGUACAGCGCCAGCCCCCCUCAGCCGACAGGAUACAUAGCCCUUUGCUCUCAACGACGACGGUCCCAGCUUUUCAACCCAGCCUCUCUUUUCUCCUGUCGCUCCUUUGCGUGCCUUGGGUCUGCUCCUCUGCUUAAACGCUCGUAUCCCCGUUUACACUUGCCGACCACAGUUUACGAUGUUCACCGCGUUCGCCCUCACCGCUCUUUUUGCCUCUUCUCUGGUUGCUCGCGCAGACCCCACGCCAAACGAGCCCGGUCCCGGCAGCGUUUUCAAUGAAGGCUCUACCUGUCACAUUGCGUGGGACCCCGACACCACUGGCCAGUGGAAGAACAUGGCCAUCGAGCUCAUGACCGGCGAUAACUUCAAUAUGGUGCAUCUGACAACUGUGACCACUCUGGACGGCACGAGCACUUCUACCAACACCUACGAUUAUCCCUGCCCUUCGGUCACUCCCAAUGCUGCUAUCUACUUCUACCAGUUCUCCGACCCCUCGUCGCCGAACAAGACCUGGACCACCCGGUUCGCCAUCGCCGACGCGAACGGCAAGACCGUCGACCCCUCCAACGCGUCGCAGCCGGGCGGCGCCGCCAUCCCUUGGGGCACCGGUGCGCUGACCGACCCCUCGUCUGCGACCCCGCCGCCCUCAGGCAGCACCAGCAGCAGCAACACCUCCGUUCCGGGCAGUGCUUUGCCUGGCGCGGGGUCGUCCUCUGCUGGCUCUGGCUCCACGGUCGUGGUCUCCGCUCCCUCCGGUACGACCUCCGCGUCGUCGAAGAUCACCACGGCGAAGAGUGCUGCGACCAAUGCUGCCGCGCCCACUUCCAGCGGUGCCGCUGCCGGUAACAAGACGGCAACCGACGGCUCGGCAGACUCGGGUGCAGCAAUGGUGGGCGGCGCGUCCGGCUUGAAGACGGCGGUCGUUUCGCUGGCCGUUACGGCGCUGGUGUUCGUGGUGGGAUUAUAGAGGAAGCAUGCGAAAAUCCAUCUGCUGGUCAUAUUCAUCUCCCCCCUCUUGUCUGUCCAUCCCCUCCACCCUUUCGCCCGAGCACAGUCUCCCACCGUCUAGCUUUGACUUUACCCCAGUCGAUAUCUUACGAAUGCAUGUCGUCACGCUCCUCACGUCUGCAUGGUUGGGACCCUAGUUGAUAGAUCGCAAUCUGGUUGAUGCAUGUGCGGGCAGUACAUCUUUAUAUUUUCUUGUUGUAUGGGGAUUACAUAGGAUAUAUCUACCAAUAACCGACCUAUUUAGUUCGUGAUGUCCGCUGCACGCCUUGGAAGCGUGCCUUACGUGACUCCCCGUCGUACAUACCAACCCUUGGGUCUCCUGGCAUUGUGGCGCAUUGUGGCGCGAGUUACUUAGCACUUCUGUGAUAAUCAC